AUGGACAAUCGAAUCAACGGCCUGUCUGUUGAUCCAGUCGAUUCGGCGGUUAAAGAGCAACACAUUGCUUUUAAAGAGGAGGUCACUCGACUUGCCCUCGACUCUCUGCGCGAGAGGAUUCCUCGCAAGAUCCUUCAUUUCAGCAAGCUAGUGAAGGAGAAGGCAUCUUCUAGUGGGCUAUUUCACUCACGCGACCUCGAUUCUGUGACGUAUCGAGUUUCCGCUGUCGACGAGGCUGCCGGUAAAAGGGCCAAGAGGAGUCUCGAAGAGUCUGAGGAAGACGGCCGAAUAAUCACGCCGUCCCACAAACAGAUAUUGGAUGAGCUUGAAGCCAUAAAGGCUGAAGCAUCAGAGCUUAUUGAAAUUAUCGGUAAUAUUAAGCUCUGGAUCCAGCUGAAUGUCCCACGUAUCGAAGAUGGAAACAACUUCGGCGUAGGGAUUCAGGAGGAAGUCAUACUCGAGCUAACUCGAGUUGAAGACACAGCCUUCAACCUCUUCGACUCCAUCGUCAAAUACUACAUGGCAAGGGCUAAGUUGUGCACCAAGGUCAUCAAGUACCCCAAUGUAUGCGACUACACUGAGGCUAUACGCGAGCUCGACGAAAAGGAGUGGAUUCACAUAAAGAUAACCAACGUCGACAUGCGGAACAACUAUAGCAUGAUAUAUGACCUGCUGUGCAAGGUAACGUGA